AUGGAGAGCAAAUGGAGUGGCUGGGUGCUGAUCCUUUCUGUGUGCCUGGGCUCCUACCAAGCUGGGGCCAGCCCCCUCCCGGAAUGCAGUGAGCGGCCAGAGGAUUGGUGCCGUGAUGCGGUGACAGCAGCCAAGUGUGGGGCACUGGAGCUCUGCCAGAUCACUGUCUGGGACAAGGCCCUGGAGCAGAAGGGGAUCCCAUGUCACCUCUGUCAGGUGUUGGUCUCCGUAGUGGGCAAGAUCCUGCAGGACAACCGCACUGAGGAAAAGCUGCGGCACUUCUUGGAUAAGAGAUGCCAGUACCUGCCCUUCCAAGACUGGUCUGUCAAGUGCAAGAAGAUGGUGGACACUGGCAUCCUCAUCCUUGUCCAGCUGGGCAAGCAAGUGCUGUCAGACCCAAAGGUGGUGUGUGGAACCAUCAAGAUGUGCCAGCCCCGGGAGAACCCCACAGGGGCCCUGAAGUUCCAGAAGCCUCCAUCAGUCCCCGAGGGCCACACUCAGGACUUCGCCGACCUGGUUGCCCCUUUCAUUGCCAACGUGCCCCUCCUGCUCCACCCUCAGAACCUGCCUCGUGGUGAGGCCCAGGAGACAGAAGAGUUGUGUGGGGACUGCCUGCAGCUGGUGGCUGCCCUGAAGCUGGGGCUGGUGACCAACACUGGCUUCACCCAGACUCUGGCUGCCUACUUCGAGCCGGCGUGUGAGGGCCUGGCACCCGACCUGGCACAGCAGUGCAAGCUCUCCCUGACCGAAUAUGCAGCCACAGCCACGCAGAUGCUCCGGUUCAUGCUGGCUGAGGACCCGAUGGAGCUGUGUGGCCACCUAGGACUCUGCUCCUCCACCUCAGAGCUCUCUCUCCACACGCUGCUCACGGAGAAGGUGACGAAGGCUCUGAGCACACUGAGGGAAAGGACCAACCCACUGUGUGAGAUGUGCCAGUUCGCUGUGAAGGCAGCUGAGAGUCUCCUGGAGAACAACGUGACGGAGGAGCAACUGGUGAACGACAUCGAGAAGGUGUGCUACAUGCUGCCCCAUGGCGUCAUCGGGCAGUGCAAGGACUUCGUGGACUCCUACGGCAAAGCUGUGGUCAUCAUGCUGCUAGAGGCCACCGACCCGGCGGCCAUCUGUACCAUGCUGCGCUGCUGCCCCCGCAGCGAUGACGCCCACUCAGGGGCUGCGUCGAUGGAGCAGCUGACGGCGGUGGGCGCGGGCGGCUUCUGCAACGUCUGCCAGAUCAUCAUCACCUACUUCGAUAACGAGCUGCUGAAGAACGAGACGCUGGCAGAGCUGGGGGACAUACUGGAGAAAGGCUGCGAGCUUCUGCCCACACCCUUCACAGGCAAGUGCGAGGCGCUCGUGGUGCAGUACGAGCCGGCGGCUGUGCGGCUUCUGGUGCAGAUGAUGGACCCCAACUUCGUCUGCACUAAACUAAGAGCCUGUGACUCACCCGAGGAGGAUCUCCUGGGCUCAGACCCCUGUGUCUGGGGCCCACAAUACUGGUGCAAGAACAUGGCCACAGCAGUUGAGUGCAAUGCUGUCGAGCACUGCCGGCGUCACCUAUGGAACUAG